GCAGAGAAACAUCGCUACCAUGGCUCAAUCGCGCACAUUAGACGUGUCUGUCGGCAUCCUGGGCAUCUUUAGUGGUUCGCUCCUGCUUUUGGUGAACAGCUAUGCCAGCUCUUCUGAGAAAAACUUCAUCCCUUACACUGCUCUGGGGAUACUACUCCUCAUCAUUGCUGCUAUUGUAGCUUAUGCAGGUGUCCAUCGCAGUCUGUCCCACGCCCAGCUGUUUUCUGCUCUGUGUCUGACUGUCUCUGCUCUGUGGUGUGGUUCAGGUCUGGUGUACAUCCUGGUAGGACAGAUGGUGCUUCAUCCCACAGACCUGAAAUCUUCUCUAGUCCCUGGUCUGGCAGCAUUUACCUUGGCCUUGUUCAUCAUAGGCAGUGUUGCUGUCUUUGUGAGGAAAGUAGUUCUGUUUCUUAUAGCUGUCGGCAUUUCUUUAGCCUGUGCUCAUCAAAUUGCUGGCCUCUCAGCUGCAGGGUUUGGCCAGUCUGCCACAGCUGCUAAUUAUUUCCUUGUCUGUUUAGUAUGUGUUUAUUUUGGUUUUGGACAACUGCUGUCCUUGAUCACUCAAGGCAAAGUGGGACUUCCAAACUCAGGACUGAAGGAAAAAUCUGAGCAGAACCAGCGCUGCAGUGAUGCAGUAACUGCAGGUUUGGUGAUGAACUUGUUGUCUGCUUCUGUAUUAGCCUGUCCCCUGUUAGGUGUGGUCCCCCAGCUCUAUGUCGGUCAUGUCCCUUGGCUGUGGACAGCUGGAGUUUUCCAGCUUGGCUUGUGUGUCCUCUUUUACCGAGCUAUGGACACUCUAGCUGCCACUUUCUUUGGUUUCACUGCCCUGCUGAAGUUUGCAGAGGGUUACAGUGCUCUGUUGUCUUUUUAUUCCAUUCAGCCUUUCUCUCCUGUCCCUUUCCCUGUUGUCUUUUCAGUUCUUUUUUUCAUCCUGGCUCUGUUCAGCUGUCAGACGAGUUUGUUGGAGGGUUUCUACCAGUUAUUUUUUGUAGCCUACUGUAUUUCUAUAGCAGCCCAACCUCAAGGCUUCUUCCAAGGGGGCACUCAGGGUGUACAGGCAGCUAUAUUUGUAGCAUCUACCAUCAUGCUUUUUAUUACUACAUUCAACAUGGUCUCCAGUAUCGUGAUUCCUACAGGAAAGGGAGUUUUCAAGAAUUUAGUAACCAAGAUGCAAAGUGUUGUUCUCAGAGCUCAUGAUAAGGAACAACAUGCACCUCACCUGGGCUACUCUAAAUAUGCAGAUGCAGAGGUGUUGGGUCAUGCCUGCAGUGUGCUGGCUGCUUUUGCCAUCACAGCCACAGUUGGUGCCAGAAAUCCUCUGUCUGUGCUGGUUCUGCCCUGGGUGGUGGUGGCUGGUGGGGCGCUGCAGCUGCUGUGUGGUUCAGUAGCAUUUGCUCGGGGUAAAACCUUUGAGAGCACAGUCUUUAUCCUCUACGGGGUGAUGUGGACAGUGUGGGGGCUGACGAGAUACGGUGGCCUCUACGGUGAAACCAGAGGCUUCAAUGUGGCUGUUGGGAUCAUUAGCUUCAUGCUGUUUAACUUUCUAGUGACAGUUGCAGCUUUGUUUGUAAACGUUACCUGGUUUGUCUAUGCGUUCACCUUUCAGCUCAUACUCAUCAGCUUUCUGCUGGAUGCAGUGGGUGCACUACCUUAUGGUUAUGACAUAGGAGUCACCAUCAUCUUUGGUCUCGUCAGUUUUUACUGUUUCUUGGCACACAUUUUCAACAGCACCUUCAAGUCUCCCCAGAUCCCCUUAGGAAGACCUCUUGUCAAGCUGGGUGGGGUAGGGGGAGGGGCCAAUAUAUGUCCACAUGUACCCGCCCGCAAGGCCACAUCAGUCCAGCAGAUUGCAGAAAUCAUGAAAAAUGGAGGCAUAUGUGGAAUGCCAACAGACACCGUCUAUGUGCUGGUAGCAGCCUGCAACAGACCAGAUGCUGUUGUCAAAGCAUACAAGGUGAAAAAACAAGCCGAGGACCGACCCAUGUCCAUGUGGAUCUCCUCCAUCAAACAGCUGGAGCCUGUAAGACACCUGCUGAGCCCACUGCUCCUGGACUUCAUGGAGGCUGCAUGGCCGUCCUCUAUUAGUAUGGUCAUACCCCGAGGUCCCUGGAUGGACACGUUUGGUUUAGGAGAUGCAGCCAAACAUAUAGGAACUCCACAAAGCAUUGCGAUCAGAAAUCCAGACUGUGCAGUAGCAACACACCUCAUUAAUCUGGUGGGGCCCAUUGCUGUAACCUCAGCCAACCCCACAGGCGAAGCAGACACAACUCACCAUAACCAAGUUUAUGCCAAACUUGGAGACAAGGUGGAUGGAGUGUUGUGUGAUGGACCCUCCCCAGAAAACAUUGCAUCCACGGUGGUCGACUGCACCAAGAUUGAAACUGGACACAUUGGUUUCUUUAGAGUGGGUCUCAUUCCAAAAUCCAAGGUUCUUAAGAUUUUUGAGGAGGUUCGAAAUCGGCACAUACAAGGUCAUCUGAAUUCUGGUUUUGAAUAUGACCUCUAUUUACCAGACGUACAAAGGGAGACAACUUCAGGAGAGGACGACACGGCAGAGUCAGGAAGAGGAAGUGGAAACUCAACACCAGUUUAUGCUUCACCUGAACAAAGUCCAGUCCUCAGAAAAGGGUCAAAAUAGUCAUGUUUUGUACUUUAUCAUGAUGCUUCCGAUGGUUAAAUUAAAUUCUAAUGUACACAAAUAACUGUUAUAUUGGAGGAACUAUGGUGGUUUCCACUGAUAUUUUAUGCACACAGACUGAAAACUUUUUAAUUUAUAUUUUCUGAGGAAUGUACAUUGUUCAUUGGUAUUGUUUGUCUUUUUUUGUCUGAAAUUUGUAGCACUUUGAACGAAACAUUUGUUGAAUUGUUUCUUAAUGCAGUAACUGUUGCGUACCCAGUGUAAUUAUGUAAUGGUUUUAUUGUUGUUGUUUUUAACACAUUCAUAAAGACAUUUGUAGACUUCUGCCCCUUUUUUUUUUUUUUAAGUAAACUGAUUGUACCAUCACAACAUAAAUAAUAUCAAAUCAAAACUUGACUAAGAUCAAGGAAGAUAAUUUAUGUGGGAUGAAAAAGAGAAAAUAGUAAUUAGUAAAUGUAAAAAAGAUUGUUAAAUUGUGGAGACGGUACAUUUUGCAAUUGUUAACGCAUCAUUUAUACUUAUUCUGAAAGUCAGUACAGCAAACCACAGUUACAUCCAGGCGUAUAAGACUUUCCACUGAAGUUCUUUUAAUAAGCCAUGUUCCCAAGUAGCCUGUUGACACAGUCAUUCCUGUAUACACCCACUCCACCUCAGAGUGACUCCAUACCUCAUUUUCCAGUCAUUUGAUAAACACGCAUGGAUGUUCAGACCUACUGUAAUCUGAGACCCUGAA